AUGGCUAGUGAUGCUUUACAACAUUGUAAAGGCAAAUUGAAAAUUAAAUUUAUUAUCAAUAUUCAUGAACAAUGUUUAAAAAUUGUCUCAGCAACUCCCAAUAAUAAACAAAUUUUCAUCGAUUGUUUAGAUAAAAUUAUCUAUAAUUAUCUGGAAGAUAAAGAUAUCUUCGAAAAGAUUUACAAUAAACUCUUGGCAAAACGUUUAGUCAAUCAAUGGCAUACUUCGAAUGAUAAUGAAGAAUUAGUUAUUAAAAAAUUACAAGUAGUACAUCAUUCGGAACAUAUUUUAAAAAUGCAACAAGUAUUACAAGAUUUUUAUUUAAGCAAUAAUAUAACUAAUGAAUAUCAAUUGUAUUGUAAAAAACAAAAUUUUUCUAGUAUAAGGUUCUCUGUAAUGGUUUUUAAUUCUCAUUCAUUUUCAUUGUGUAAUUCAUCAAGUCUUACUUUACCAAAUAAACUUGAACGAAUACUUAAUAGUUUCACUGAAUUUUAUAAUUGUUAUCAUACUGGACGAAAAUUAAUUUGUCUUUAUGAAUAUUCAAAAGGUGAAAUACAAACAUUGUUCACUAAAGAAAAAUAUUAUUUACAAGUAUCGACAUAUCAAAUGACUAUAAUCUUAUUAUUCAAUAAUAUGUCGUUGUGGAAAGUUAAAGAUAUUGAAGAUCAAACAGAAAUUAAUACAAAAUUAUUAUUACAAAUUCUGUGUGGUCUAUUGAAAAGUAAAUUGUUUAUUUGUACAGAAUUUGAUCAAAAUAAAGUUGAAGAAGAUUUAAAAGAGACAGAUAUUAAUACAAAUUACACAAUUAAAUUAAAUGAUAGUUUUACCAGUAAAAAAUGUCGAAUAAAGUUAAAUAAACCAGUUGAACCAAAUGAUACUGAAGCUUUAGUUAAAGCUAUUGAUAGAGAUCUUAAAGUUGGGGUGGAAGCAGAAUUUAAUGGAAUAAGAACAAUUGGACUAAAAUAUGAUUAUCCACUAUGUUUUAUUGACAAUAUUAUUGGCAUUAAAUUAUGUCAAUAUCGACGAAAGAUGAAUGGAGAAUCAAAAUUAACAGUUGAAGAAGAAAAUCAUGCACCUGUCUAA